CAAGACCUUGUUUGUUUUGCUCCCCACCAAUUAUUCUGGAUGUCCCAAAUGACAUCACCUGCCUUUUUCCUUCUGUAAAGCUCUAUAUAUGAAGAUCCUGGAUCCCGGUGAUCUUCAGAAGACAGGGACAUCGGCUGGAGACAGAGCUUGGUCAGUUAUCAGGACUGAAGAUGUCGGUGUUUUGGACUGUUGUCCUCCUCAACAGCCUGCUGAUCCCUUCACAAGGACUUGGACUCCUGUCCUUGGUUGACAGAGGAGAUAUGAAUGGUAUGAGAGAUUCACCAGCCAAAGGUCUUCCCCAGAGAUCUCAGGAUGGUCUCCUUGGUGGCAAUCUGCUUGGUGGUCUCCUUGGAAAAGACGGAGUUGUUGGAGGUCUUCUGGGCAAAGACGGUGCUGUUGGCAGUCUCCUUGGAAAAGACGGUCCUGUAGGCAGUCUCCUUGGAAAAGAUGGAGUUGUUGGAGGUCUCCUGGGCAAAGACGGUGCUGUUGGCAGUCUCCUUGGAAAAGACGGUCCUGUAGGCAGUCUCCUUGGAAAAGACGGAGUUGUUGGAGGUCUUCUGGGCAAAGACGGUGCUGUUGGCAGUCUCCUUGGAAAAGAUGGUCCUGUAGGCAGUCUCCUUGGAAAAGAUGGAGUUGUUGGAGGUCUCCUGGGCAAAGACGGUGCUGUUGGCAGUCUCCUUGGAAAAGAUGGAGUUGUUGGAGGUCUCCUGGGCAAAGACGGUGCUGUUGGCAGUCUCCUUGGAAAAGAUGGUCCUGUAGGCAGUCUCCUUGGAAAAGAUGGAGUUGUUGGAGGUCUCCUGGGCAAAGACGGUGCUGUUGGCAGUCUCCUUGGGAAAGACGGAGUUGUUGGAGGUCUCCUGGGCAAAGACGGUGCUGUUGGCAGUCUCCUUGGAAAAGAUGGAGUUGUUGGAGGCCUUCUUGGCAAAGAUGGAGCUGUUGGUGGCCUCCUUGGUGGAGAUGGUCUCCUAGGUGGUCUCCUUGGUGGAGAUGGUCUCCUUGGUGGAGAUUGUCUCCUAGGUGGUCUCCUUGGCAAAGAUGGUGUAGUUGGUGGUCUGCUUGACAAGGAUGGUGUCCUCGGUGGUCUCCUUGGCAAAGGUGGUGUCAUUGAUGGUCUCCUUGGCAAAGAUGGUCUUGUUGAUACUCUCCUUGACACCGUCCUUGAGCUUCUCAUUGGCAAAAAUGGUCUCCUUGGCAAAAACGGUCUCGUUGGCAGCCUUCUUGGUAGAAAUGGUGAAGAUCUCAUGGGACUGAGAAUUGUGAACAACACCCUCCCCAAAAUCAGUCUGCACUCCCUGCCGGGCUUUGGGCACCAGGUGGACUUCAACACCCAGCUGCUGGUAGAGAGCAGUGUGCCGGGCCAGCCGCUCUGCAAGCAGGUGGAGGUAGAUGUGACCAUGCUGGUCCAGGACACGUGGACAGCUCACCAGAAUGCUCUGAACUGCAAGACUGUUGACAUAAACACCUAUGUGAGACCCAGAGUGCCAGUUCUGGAUGAGCCUUUGAAACGCCUCCUUAGCAAUGUCCUGCAGGAUCUGGGCUGCAACAUCAUCAACGCCAAGCUCAAGGUGUUGAGCUCCCUGCUCGGCUCCGGGAACCAGGUGCUCCCACUCGGGGCUCUGGGGGACCUGCCCUCCUUCUCCAUCCUCAGUGCUGAUGCCAUCCAGAUGGAUCUGAAACUCCUCUCUGAGAAUGCCAGAGGUGGCAUGACAACCCCCAUGCAGGGGCUGCCACUCACUGCCAGCCUGAAGUUGGCCACCGGCCGCCCGCCACGGCUCAGCCUUUCCCAGGACACCCUCAGCGCCCUGCUGGAGCAGGUCCAGGGGCAGGGAGCCCUCAACCUCAGCAUCACCAGCUUGACGGGUAGCAAAUUCCCUCUGCAAGGCCAGGUUCCCGAGAGCAGCUCGCUGACCAUGGAUGCCCUUUUCCCGUUCAUCCCCCAGCUCGCCCGGGUCCUCCCUGACUCUCUGCCACUGGAGCUGCGUGUCCGAGUGAGCAACGAGCCAGUGGUGACUGUGAGGGACGGAAGAGCCACUGUCACCCUCAAAGCCUCUAUCGACGCCAUCAGUCCCGCCCUGCAGACCUCCCAGGGGCUCCUGUUCUCCUUCGAUGUGGACAUUGUUCUGAACAUCACCCCAUCAGUCUCUGAUGGCAAAUUGCAAACCUCCCUGGCUCUUGACAGCAUCAACCUGACACGGUUCCCCUCGAGUCUUGACGCUUCCACUGCCUCCUCGCUCACAGAAUGGCUCAAGAAGGUCCUCACAAAUGUAUAUGUACCUUCUGUUAGAGAUGCCUUCCAUGUGUCAGUCCCACUGCCCAAUGUCCUUAACACCAGCCUCAGGAACGCUGAAGUUGACAUCACUGAUGUGGACGAGUUUUCCGGCCAGACCACUCUAGAAAGAUUCUGCUCAGGAGGAGCCUCGAUGCUGUUCCCUUUCUGAGGCAGCACAUGCACCCCAAGUCCUGCUCUGCUCCACUCUCUCCCUCUUCCUUUCUCUCAAGCCCUGCCCCAUGCUGUGGCUGUGGCCUGAGCAGGACAGGCAACAGCCUUUGGCCAGCAUCAGGGUGGGAAAACUUCUUGGCUGGUGGAUGUUUGGGGGUUCCUGUGGCUGCUUCUAACAUCCAUAGCCAGGAAGCAGAGCUCUUAGGCAUAAAGGUUGCUCUUGUAUUGCUCUUUCAAUAAAAUCUUUCACUGUCACAGUA